CAGCAGUUGCAAGUUUAGUGAGAGCAAUCACCAAGUAGUUUUUAUAGAUCAGUGCGCAAGCCUUGCCUCGAGCAAUACAAACACCAAACGGGUUAUAAGGACCGCCAAUUCAAACGACUCGAUUCAGUCAAAGAUUCGGUUCAAUUUACAACCACCCCAACGCGAUGGCCGCUACCUCUGGAAUUGGUGUCUCCCCCAACCUAACAAAAGCAUUCUCCAAUGCUGUCGAGACAAAGAAUGUUCGAUUCAUCAAAGUCAUCAUUCAGGACGAGUCUCUCGUUUCUGUAGCCUCUUUGCCAGUCGCCGAUUCCUUAAACGAGGAUCUGGUACAACUUCAAGAAUAUCUUGAAGACAAGGAACCAUGUUAUAUCCUGGCCCGUCUCGACGACCCUCCUUCAGAAUGGCUUGCGAUUAGCUAUGUGCCAGAUUUUGCCAACGUCCGGGAUAAGACACUGUAUGCUUCAACACGGAGUUCUUUGACUAAGUCACUGGGCUCGACUGUUUUCACGGACAGUAUAUUUGCCACCUGCAAAGCGGACGUGACAUCUGAAGCCUAUGAGGCUCACAAGAGGCACCAGGCUGCACCCAAACCUCUGAGCGCGCGGGAGCAAGAGAUGGAAAAUAUCAAGGCGGCCGAACGAGAAGCUGGAAACAGUUAUGAAGGCAGCAAUGCAAGAAAGAACCACAUUGGUCAACGUGUAGGCCUGUCUUGGUCUUCGAAUGCUGAGGAUGUUGUGAAGGAGCUUGGCUCGCGAAAUGACAGUCGGGUCGUCAUAUUGAAAAUCGAGCCAUCAACCGAGUCGCUUGAGCUGGACUCUUUUGCAGAUGUAACAGUGGAUAAUUUGAGCUCGAUGAUACCAAGUGACGAACCAUCAUAUGUAUUCUAUGCAUGGACAAACCCGUAUUCUCAGGCAGGCGGAGAUAUCGUCUUCAUAUACUCUUGCCCUACGGGGUCACCUGUUCGAUACAGGAUGCUCUAUUCAUCAGCGGCAGUGUCAACUUAUCUCGCGGCGAAGGAUUUCUUGGCGGAAACUGGGUCAAUAUUCCCGCUUGCAACAAAGAGGUUUGAAACGUCGGACCCAGCGGAACUCGAUGAGGCCUUCCUCAAGGCUGGUCUCAACCAUGAUGGACCCGCAGGUACUAUUGUCAAUAAUAAUGGUGCUCGGCAGGAUGACCCUGCAAAACCCUCAUUCGCGAAACCGAAAGGCCCUGUGAGGAGACGAUGAGAGCGAAAGAAAGAUUGUAAACCGUAACCGUUCCAAAUGUGCAGUAGUGAUGACAACUUAGAUACAAACUUGUAUAAGUAACUGGAUAUAAUUGUAGGUGUGGUUGAGGGAACGCGACACUAAAAUUUGUUUAUUCCUGGCC